GGGAUUAGAAGCUGUCAAUAUGUACUUCGCCCUUGUCAAAGUCUUCAAUGUCUACGUGCCCUCUUAUAUCCUCAAGUUCUGUGUUCUGGGAUGGGGGAUUCCUCUGGUGAUCUGUGUCCUAGUGUUCCUCGUGAACAGAGAUGCCUACGGCAGUCACCUCUACACAGACAAGUCACUAGACAACUCUGACGACUUCUGUUGGCUGCAGGAUGAUGUGACAUUCUACGUGUCUGUGGUUGCCUAUGCCGUGCUGGUCUUUCUCUUCAACAUUGCGGUAAAUGACUGCAUAACUUUUAAGUUCAUACACAAGUUCAAACUACUAAAACACUGACCUACUGGUUAACAUAUCACAGUAUUCUCCUAAUAACAUUUUUUGCUCCAUUUCAGAAGGAAUAUCUGCAGGCCUUUUAAAUAUUGCACUUUUUAACAAUAUAUUUUUUUAUAGCUACAAUGGCAUAUAUAUCUUGAAAUUACUGGUAUACCACUUCAAAAUAACUGUGCCUGACAUGACUCAGUGUAACAGCAUUUAAGAUUUCUCCCAUUAAAUCAUCCAACUGAAGGCACAUAAAUAUCUAUAUGAAAUCUUAAAUUACUUUCCUUAACUACUCCAAACCUUCUUUUAAACAUCUUCUUAGGUUUUUAUAGUGGUUCUGAUCCAGAUUCGACACAUGCAGGUCAACAGUCCUGCUGGAACCCGCAGCGGACUGAUGCAUGAGCUGAAGGGAGUUGCCAGUCUAACCUUGUUGCUAGGACUCACGUGGACUGUUGGCUUCUUCACCUGGGGGCCGGCCAGAAUAGUUGUGCUGUACCUGUUCUCCGGACUCAACACCCUGCAAGGUUGUUGCUUUUUACUUUUGUACAGAGACAAUUACUGAAAGCCACUCAUAUGAUUUGUUCUUAAUUGGCACAUUCAAGUGAUUUCAGAGAGCUUUCACCAAUUUUCUUGUACUAAAAAAUGUUUUCUUUCUCCAAAAAGGGGAAAAACACUUGUCAGACCUAUUAAAGUUGAAUUAUAAUA